UAAAGGUCUACCUCGGAGUCAACACUUUCGUGACGCAAUGCCGCUUUGACUGUCGGGUAGAAGUCUGCUGGCGCAUAACGUCCACAAAGGGAGCGCUCGCGAGCGCACUUCUGAACGCUAAAAUGACAAAUGUGACAUCCCUCGGUCUCGUGGACUGAACAGAGUGGACAUGAAGUGCUCUAUUUGGGACAGGCCAAGGGGAGUGAGCAGAACGCGACGUGUAAAGGCGUCCCGGACGCGCUGACGUCAUCGGCUGCCGCAUCGACGCGCUGCAGUGACGCAGUGACGCUGGUGUUCUCGAGCGCAGCUGAACUGAUCAUGGCCGCUCGCGCUCGCCUGUGACCCGCGGAUCAGGACCAGUAUGGAGGAACAGGACUCCGCCGACCCGUAUCUCCCGUAUGACGGCGGAGGGGACGCGAUCCCCCUGCACGAGCUCAGAGGGUCUAACUACGCCAUGUCUAACGGAGGGGGCGGAGCUGGGGCCAGUAGCUCCACCCACCUGCUGGACCUGCUGGAGGAGCCCAUUCCAGGUGUGGGAACCUACGACGACUUCCACACCAUCGACUGGGUCCGAGAGAAGUGCAAGGACCGAGAGCGACACCGCAAGAUAAACAGUAAAAAGAAGGAAUCAGCCUGGGAGUUCAGCAAGAGUCUGUAUGACGCCUGGUCUGGGUGGCUCGUGGUCACGCUAACAGGACUAGCAUCAGGAGCGUUAGCCGGAGUGAUUGACAUCGCGGCCGACUGGCUGAACGAUCUGAAGGAGGGCGUGUGUCUCAGUGCCAUGUGGUUUAAUCAUGAGCAGUGCUGCUGGGACUCCAACGAGACCACCUUCGCCGAGAGAGACAAGUGUCCUCAGUGGAAGACAUGGGCCGAGCUCAUUCUGGGUCAGGCCGAGGGUCCAGGCUCAUAUAUAAUGAACUACUUCAUGUUCACGUUCUGGGCGCUGUCCUUCGCCUUCCUGGCCGUGUCUCUGGUGAAGGUGUUUGCGCCGUACGCCUGCGGCUCUGGGAUACCUGAGAUCAAAACCAUCCUGAGCGGCUUCAUCAUCCGAGGGUAUCUGGGCAAGUGGACGCUGAUGAUAAAGACCAUCACUCUGGUUCUGGCCGUGGCGUCGGGCCUCAGUUUGGGGAAGGAAGGUCCGCUGGUCCACGUGGCCUGCUGCUGUGGAAACAUCUUUUCCUACCUCUUCCCCAAAUACAGCAAAAACGAGGCCAAGAAACGAGAGGUUUUGUCGGCGGCGUCGGCUGCUGGUGUGUCUGUGGCGUUUGGGGCUCCUAUCGGAGGCGUUCUGUUCAGUCUGGAGGAGGUGAGUUAUUACUUCCCUCUGAAGACCCUGUGGCGCUCGUUCUUCGCGGCUCUGGUGGCGGCGUUCGUGCUGCGCUCCAUCAACCCGUUCGGAAACAGUCGUCUGGUGCUGUUUUACGUGGAGUACCACACGCCCUGGUACCUGUUCGAGCUCUUCCCCUUCAUCCUGCUGGGGGUGUUCGGAGGCCUGUGGGGGGCCUUCUUCAUCCGGGCCAACAUCGCCUGGUGCCGCCGCCGCAAGUCCACGCGAUUCGGUAAGUAUCCGGUGUUGGAGGUGAUCACGGUCGCUGCCAUCACGGCCAUCGUGGCGUUCCCGAACCCGUACACGCGGCAGAACACCAGCGAGCUGAUCAAAGAGCUGUUCACGGAUUGCGGCCCGCUGGAGUCGUCUCAGCUCUGUCAGUACCGCAGUCAGAUGAAUGGCAGUCAGGCGUUUCCCGCGGGAUCGGACGCCGCCGCCGCCCCCGGCGUCUACACGGCUAUGUGGCAGCUCAGCCUGGCGCUCAUCUUCAAAAUCAUCAUGACCAUUUUCACCUUCGGACUCAAGGUGCCGUCGGGUCUGUUCAUCCCCAGUAUGGCCAUCGGGGCGAUCGCGGGGCGUAUCGUGGGCAUCGCUGUGGAGCAGCUGGCGUAUUAUCACCACGACUGGUUCCUGUUCAGAGAGUGGUGUGAGGUGGGUGCCGACUGCAUCACGCCGGGACUCUACGCCAUGGUGGGCGCCGCCGCCUGUCUGGGCGGCGUGACGCGGAUGACCGUGUCUCUGGUGGUCAUCGUGUUCGAGCUGACCGGUGGGCUGGAGUACAUCGUUCCUCUCAUGGCGGCGGUGAUGACCAGCAAAUGGGUCGGCGAUGCUUUCGGGAGGGAGGGGAUCUACGAAGCACACAUCCGUCUGAACGGUUACCCCUUCCUGGACGCGAAGGAAGAGUUCACGCACACCACGCUGGCUCGGGAUGUGAUGCGUCCGCGGCGUAAUGAUUUGCCGCUCUCCGUGCUGACGCAGGACGACAUGACGCUCGCCGAGCUGCAGAACAUCAUCUCACAAACCAGCUACAACGGCUUCCCCGUCAUCGUCUCCAAAGAGUCGGAGAGACUGGUGGGAUUCGCCCUGCGCAGGGAUAUCACCAUCGCUAUAGAAAACGCCCGGCGUAAGCAGGAGGGAAUAGUGCUGAACUCACGGGUCUACUUUACCCAGCAUGCCCCGACCCUCCCAGCCGACAGCCCUCGGCCGCUGAAGCUGCGCAGCAUCCUGGACAUGAGCCCCUUCACCGUGACUGACCACACGCCCAUGGAGAUCGUGGUGGACAUCUUCCGCAAGCUCGGCCUGCGCCAGUGCCUCGUGACACACAACGGGAUUUUAUUGGGCAUCAUCACAAAGAAGAAUAUUUUAGAACAUCUGGAAGAGCUCAAGCAGCACGUGGAGCCCUUGGCGCCUCCUUGGUAUUAUUACAAAAAAAGAUAUCCUCCGUCAUAUGGCCCAGAUGGCAAACCAAGACCCCGAGUCCAUAAUGUUCAAUUAGCAUCCUCCCCUUCCCACUAUGAGGAAGAUGAGAGAGAAGAGGAGGUCCGUUUACUGGACGAUUCAUCCCUCUGAUCACACGCCCCUCCGGUACCCUGAACCGCCCAAGUACAAAACAAAAAACACUAUGCCAGAUGGGACCCCGCCUCUGGAUACUUGCACAAAGCUCCAAAACAAGUCUUUCGAGGAAGAGUCUGGCUGCUUGAAAAUCGUAAGAAUUUUGGGAGAAGCUUGAGUCUUGGAUGUCCCAAGUGGAUGAACUUUCUACAAACCCUAACAUGCUAAACUAACUCUCACGUGCACAUGUAAAAACACCCAAGACACCUUGCCGGGUCCUGCUUAUUUGGCCUCUUAGCCUCCUGUCUGAAAAAAUGCAUCAUGAAGAGGUGAAAGGUCAAGAUGAACCGCUGGAAACGCGAGGAGGGACCUUCACCGCUGACCGGCGUGACCCUCACUGCCCCACCAAAACCUGAAAUGGACCCAUAACAUUGUUUACUUGUAGUGUGUGAGAGGUACAUGAAAGAUGGAAAACAAGACCAUUUUUGAACGCACCUCAACAUUUCAGUCAGGAUCUGAUGCCGAGAAGCCGAAGAAACGUUCAGUGUCCCGUUCGUAAUGGAUACGUUGCCCGUGCAAGUGAUUUUUGCGAGCGACCGAUGAGCAUCAAGUAUUCAGCAUUGGGAGAUGAUCAAACACACAAGCGUGGGUUUUGGGAGGAGAACAAAUCAUCUUCAUUAAUCGUCUUCAACCUCAACACUAUGGCGGGAUUGUAGGUAACGAGCCAAACAAGUCUGUCUGACUGGUCUUUGAGUGCCCACACUUUAUGAAGUUCUGUGCUUUCCAUUACUGGGAAUGAAAAACCAAGACGCUUUUCUUUUACAGCUGCUAUAUUGGCUAUUAUAUUUAAAUGUACUACGCAAAUCCUAAUAGUUUGAAAAAUUAAUAAUGUGACUUGAUCAACUUUUUUUUAACUUUGCAAACAAGCAUUACUGUCUAAACUGCUGAAUGUUGGCUACAGUAAAUUUGCCAUUCUCUGUAUGCUCACAUUUUGUCCAACAAGUGUCUACUGCUGUUCAUCCCCAUCUGACUAAUCAAAUGUUAGAUGGGCCUGAAAUCAUAAAUUAAACAUCUCCAAUUGUUUAUCCGCAUCUGACAGCGAAAUGAUAAAUCCCACAAAGAAAUGCCCAGGUCAUAAUUCAACCCAAAAUAAAAUAUGUAUUGUGGUAAUGAAAAUGAAACCCAUUUUCAGACCAUCAUUAUUUGCAUUUUAUUUGAAAACUUGAUGUAAAAAAAAAAUAUUGAUCCCAGGACUGAACCAUAUAUUGCAAAUCACCAUGAAAAUGCAUAAAAAAUAUAGGUUUAAAAAAAACAAGCUUCAUUAAGCUUAAUAUUUUUUCCGGUUUAAUAUUGGGUGAAAUAUGACCCAUGCCUUUUUUGUGAGUCUAAAAACUACAUGUAAAUACUGGCUACACGUAUAAACCCAACUAAACUGUUUCUGGAGAUUCGGGCACGACUGCACAGUUUUAUUGGCACUGAAAAAGCGAUGAUAAAAUGUGACUGUUAGAGAUCAUAAGAAUGAGAACUAUAGUUUUUUUUGUGAUUGCUGCUGUUGGCCCUUUCCUGUUUCUUUUUCUUUUUUUUUGGUAUUCUCGGAAAUUCAUGGCACAUUUUUGCACAAAUUUGACACUUGUGGUAACCACUGCUGUAUCCCAUUCUGUUUGAUUCCCAUUUUACGUUUGAAUGACAUAUUCGUAUGUAAUUUAUUUUCCAUAAACAAGGCCGAAGUGUUGUCUUUUAACUGAUUGGUGAAUUUCGAUCCUUUCGCAUUGUUUCCAAUCAUGACUGGCAUUACCGCCUCGCUCCGCUGAUUGAUUGACAGUAAAUUAGUCAAUGUGGGCGGGGCCUAUGUGUUCGCAUUAGCAGUUAAUGUUCCUCUGUUAAUCAGUAAAGAAAAUGUUAUGUAUUGAUCUAAUUUUUUUUUUUUUUUAACUAGUGCUAGAGUUGUACAAUAUGGAUAAUUUUAUGUAUGAUUGAUGGUUUGAUUGUACAUUAAAAAACAAAUGUGUAAAGAUUAAAUCGUUUUAAAUGAAGUGUA